AUGGGUCUCCCGCCUCAAUUGAAUUUGCUCAGGCCACUCCUACUUCUCUCAUACUCGGCCUCCUACAUUCCCAUAACCAUCCUCCGCCUGUUAACUUCUUCGCCCUCAAAACUGCUCUCUUGGUCAUCCUUUCAACAUGCCUGGUUUGGUAACUUCUGGUCCUGGUUCGGCGGUGUGUCUCGUGGAAGUGCCGCCGCAACCGUAUCUCCCUUGGUCCGCGCAAACGUCUCCGGCGUCGUCCUCGACAUUGGCCCAGGAUCAGGAGAAUGGGUAUAUCUCUACGCCGCAACUGCACACAAAGUCACCAAAGUCUAUGGAGUAGAGCCAAAUCCAGAACAUCAUGCUGCCUUGAAGAGAAGAGUGGAAGCUGCGGGAUUGAAAGGCAUUUAUGAAAUCUUGCCAGUGGGAGCUCAAGACCUGAGAUCUGUAGGCCUAGAGCCCGAGUCUAUCGAUACGAUUGUGACUUUGCAGACACUUUGCUCGUGUCCCGGUCCACAAGACAUCAUAAAGAGUUUGUAUUCUUGUCUAAAGACGGGCGGUACGUGGUUGGUUUACGAGCACGUAAAGACAAAGUAUUCGUCUGAGUUCGUGGGGUAUUGGCAACCUUUCGUCAAUUUGUUGUGGCCUACCUUUUUCGAUGGUUGUGAUAUCACGAGGCCAACUGAUAAGUGGCUGCGUGAGGCUGGAGAUUGGGAGGAAGUCUCACUCAGGGAAGGCGAGGGUGAAGGACCAUAUGAUACCAUCCCGCAUUCACUCGGUACGCUGAUUAAGCGUAGAUGA